AUGAAAAAAAAAUUCUUCUUCACUGAGCUGACAUCCGUGACAUUCACACCUGAUUUGGUCCUGACAUUCAUCUCUCGAACCCAUAUAAUUCUUAAUUUGAACAAAUUCGAAUUUGUUUGUGCUUCAACGACAAAAAUAUAUCAACUGUGCCCAACACUAUUAACAAGAUAUGAAACGAACGAUUUAAACCCAAAAUUCUAG